GUUCAUACGCGCUCUUCUGCUCACGCGCCUCCUCACAUGUAACUACUGUCAUCAAUGGCAAAAGCGCUCGCGCAGAAGGGACUAAUUAUUUUCCAUUUGGAGGAUAAUUAAAGCGAGUGAUUAGAGUAACGACGGGGGCUGUGAAGGGAAAGUCACCCAUUUUUGGCCCUUUGUCCAAUGACAAUGUUUCAGACUGUCCCUGACACUUCAUCAUAUGUCAAGGAGGCGCUAUCAGUGGUGAGUGAAGACCAGUCUCUAUUUGAGCCUCCCUACGCAUCUGCUGCCCCUCUACCCAAAACAGACAUGACAGCAUCUAGCACACAGGAUUACGGACAGCAGCACAAGAUUAAUCCCAUACAGCCUCAACAGGAGUGGAUCAAUCAGCCGGCCCGCAUUAACGUAAAACGCGAAUACGACCACCUCAACGGAACCAGAGAAUCCCCUGUGGACUGCAGCGUGGGGAAAUGCAAUAAGCUGGUGAGCAGCUCAGACACGUCGCAGAUGGGUUACGGAGGCUACAUGGAUGAGAAGAGUGCCCCGCCCCCUAACAUGACCACCAACGAGAGGAGAGUCAUAGUUCCAGCAGAUCCUUCUCUGUGGUCCCCGGAUCAUGUACGGCAGUGGCUGGACUGGGCUGUAAAAGAGUACGGCCUUCUAGAAAUCGACACAGCCAUGUUCCAGAACACGGAUGGCAAGGAACUGUGUAAGAUGAGCAAAGAGGAUUUCCUGAGACUCACCACUGUGUAUAAUGCUGAAGUCCUGCUCUCACAUCUUAAUUACCUCAGGGAAAGUAGCUCAUCACUAUCAUACACCACACCAUCUCACACUGACCAGUCUCCACGUCUGGCUGCCAAAGAAGACGCCUCAUAUGAUGCUGUACGGAGGACAGGCUGGUCAAACAACAUGCACAGUGGUAAAGGCUCCCCUACUGUGGUCUCACAGAAUGUAUCUAAGAGCACUGAACAAACCAGGCCUCAGCCAGAUCCGUAUCAGAUCUUAGGACCCACAAGCAGUCGUCUUGCCAAUCCAGGCUCAGGUCAGAUCCAACUGUGGCAGUUCCUCUUGGAGCUUCUAUCCGACAGCGCCAACGCUAGCUGUAUCACGUGGGAAGGCACAAACGGCGAGUUUAAAAUGACCGACCCCGACGAGGUCGCGCGGCGCUGGGGAGAGCGCAAGAGCAAGCCCAACAUGAACUAUGACAAGCUGAGCCGUGCGCUGCGCUACUACUAUGACAAAAACAUCAUGACCAAGGUGCACGGCAAGCGAUACGCCUACAAGUUUGACUUCCAUGGCAUCGCUCAAGCGCUGCAGCCCCACCCCACUGAGUCUACCAUGUACAAGUAUCCGUCUGAAUUGGCCUAUGUGCCUUCUUACCACGCUCACCAGCAGAAGGUCAACUUCGUCCCACCACACCCACCUUCCAUGCCCGUCACGUCAUCCAAUUUUUUUGGCCCUUCUAACCCUUAUUGGAGCUCCCCUACGGCAGGUAUCUACCCCAGUGCCAGUGUGCCCAGACAUCCCAACACUCAUAUGCCCUCACACCUGGGUAGUUACUACUAAAUCCAGUCAGCCACAUGCCAACCAAAAGCUGCACUCAAAAGGAGGGCAAAAAUUGAAAAAGAAAAAAAAUGACAAUUUAUAAAAAUGAAGGAGAAUCAGGGCUAAAUUCACUAAAGCAAGGAUCUGGAUGAAGAAAAAAGAAAAAAGGAAGGAGGAAGAAUGAACCAAAAACUGGAUG